CUGACAGCUGGCUGACUGUCAAAACGGUCAAAACAUAAAACAGUGAGAGGGAGAGCAUAUUAUGAGUUUUUGUGUUCGUGGUGUGAAAUUGUGUGACGAUUGGAGAAAGUUUUCUGUUUAUUGUUCUGUGAAUUUCGGCUUCCGGAGGUAAAAAUUGUGUGAUGUUGAUAAAGAGGAAGGUACCCUGAGCGUUGGAAUUAAACAAUGGAUUACGUGUACAUGAGCGGCGAUCCGGGCAAUCGCGCCGAGGACAUCAUCACCCUGACGAUGUAUGACAACGGUCCUCCGGCGGGAGAUUACCCGGAAGGGGACUUUGGGCCGUUCAACAUUGGAUUCGGGGAACCGGAGUACAUGGAACACGGAAUGGUGCUGGCCGAUGGCGGGGACCGGUUUGGAGUGUCGACGAUUUCAUUCGACACGCAGGAGGAACUGAUCUGGAUGGGGAACCAGGGUGGACACGUGACGUCGUACUACGGGGGAACCAUGCAGAAGUACACGUCGUUCCAGGUGCACGCCAACGAAAUCGUCCGGCAGAUUCAUACGAUUGACGCGGGCAUUUUGGCCUUGACGAGUACGACGUUGCGCCACCAGAUUCGAAGGGGGAUUCCCAAGUUCACGUUCCGGUCGGAGAAGAUGGUCGAUAUGGUGUGCAUGGUGGAGCACCAGCCUAAUCGGCUCUUAAUGGGAGGACAUCAGAGCGAGUUGAUUGACUUUGACACGGCCACUUAUCAGGAAGUUGGAAGCAUCUCGGCUGGGCAGAAUGGUUGCACCUUUUUGAGAAAUCAUUCUCGAUACCUCUGCGAGGGUGAUCCCUAUGGAACGAUUCUACUCCGAGAUCCCAACAGUUUAUCGGUUGAACACGAGCUAACGACCCACGCCGGAAGUUUGUCGGACUUUGAUGUACAAGGAAAUUACUUGGUUUCAUGUGGCUACAGCGGAAGGCAAGGAAAUCUGGCCAUAGAUCGUUUCUUGAUGGUUCACGAUAUGAGAAUGCUGAGAUUAGUGUCCCCGAUACAGGUGCUGGUUGAACCACAACUGCUGAAAUUUCUUCCAUCUCCUUGCUCUCGUUUGGCAGUGGUCUCUCCCCUAGGACAACUCCAGCUGGUUGACACCGUAGAACUUAGCGAACCACGCGUUCAAAUGUUCCAGAUCAACACAACCGGAUCGCAGUGUCUCACCUUUGACAUCUGUUCUUCCAAUCAAGCGAUGGCAUUCGGUGACCAAUCCGGACACAUCAAUCUCAUUGCCGCUGUCAAGAUCAAUACUCCAUCCCUUCAGUUCAAUCCUUACUCAAGAGAAACAGAAUUCGCCGACACCGUCGAACCUUUACCGAUGGUUUCCAUUACCGAUAAGAAUUUCCCUCUAUCCUCCAUUCUUCUUCCCCAUCUUACAACCGGCGAACGUUGGCUCAGCGAUUGGCCAGCCUUCAUGAACACCUACGAAUACCUCAAACCGAAGCCCAUUCGUCCGGAGAUCACCGCCACCAUGAAGAUGCAAGGACCAAUCGGCUAUGCCCCCAAUCCGAAAACCUCCCUCCGCAAUCAAAUCCCCUACCUGAUGGACAAAAACUCAUCGUCUAAUCAAUGUUCCACCCCGGUAAGCAGCUCGCAGAAGGGAACCGGGGAGCAGGGACUGAAACUGGUCCCCCGUCGCUACCGAAAGGUCGAAGUCAAGUACAGCAAACUGGGCGUUCAGGAUUUCGACUUCGAACAGUACAACCAGACGGGAUUCGUCGGACUGGAAGCCAACCUGCCGAACGCGUACUGCAAUGCCAUGCUGCAGGCCCUCUACUUCAUCGUUCCGCUGCGAAAGGCGAUUCUGUCCCACUGCUGCUCGAAAGAGUUCUGCUUGGCGUGUGAGCUGGGCUUCCUGUUUCACAUGCUGGACGUCGGAACUUCGAGCCAACCUUGUCAGGCAAGCAAUUUCCUCCGAUCGUUCCGCACCGUCCCGGAAGCGGCGGCCCUUGGGUUGAUCCUCUCAUCCGAUCGGAGCAACAACGCCAGCAUCAAUCUGAUCAGCUUGAUCCAGAACUGGAACCGGUUCAUCUUGCACCAGAUUCACUACGAGCUGUUGGAAGCGAUCAAGAAGAACGAGAAUAUGAUGACCGUCAGCGAGCCGGUUGGAGUGGGACGGAGGAUGCAACUGUCGGCUUCGCCAAGGCCUUUCAUUCCGGGAGCGGAGAUGCACGUGCAGCAUCCGGAGGACUAUCAGGAGACGUUGGACAACGAGGUGCAGCAGUACGAGUCCAAUAACGAGAAGUUUCAGUUUUUGGAAGCUAGCAGUGAUUACGAUGUCACGUUGAUUCCGGAAUGUGAACCUUAUCCAGAUCCUGCAGAGCAAAUGCCGCCAUCCAGCAAAAACUACAACAAAGAUGAAACGGAGAUUAGUCGCCUGUUCGGUACUCAACAGAAGACAACCCAACGCUGUUUGAAGUGCAACGCCGAACGAGUCAAGAACAACAUCUUACUCGUUUGCAACAUGCUCUAUCCGGUCAACGCGAACAAUCGCAACAUGGAAGGCACUUUUGCCCAAAUCCUGAAGAACUCUCUGAGCGUGGAAAAGACCACUCCAGCUUGGUGCGAAAAGUGCAACAAAUUCACGCCGACCAACCAGAAGAGUCGCGUCACCGAUCUGCCGGAAAUUUUGUCCAUCAACUGCGGCCUGGAGACGGACAAGGAGCUGGAAUAUCUCAAGAAACAGAUGUGUCGCCCUUCGGCACAGGUUGGGGGGUCGUCCACUUCGGAAAGUGAACAACGCAGCGCCAACACCGGUAAUGGGAAAAUGUGCCGUUAUGGAAUGAACUGCUCUCGGGUCGAUUGUCACUUUUCGCAUCCCAGGAAAUCAUCCCCGGCGGUCAUCAUCUCGAGUGCCCCGACGCCAGCCCAGCAGAAAUCCUGGUUCCCGCUGAGCUUCCAAAUGAGCUUGGAUGAGAAGGAAAACCUAGAUAUCGGUGCACUCAAGAGCGCUUCCAGCUGCAGCGAACCUCCCGAUGAGAGCCAGCUCAAAGAAGACAAACUAUUCCGUAAAUCGAAGCGCUACAGCCUGUCGGCGGCCGUAUGCUACAUCAACGAUGGCGCCCAGCGGAAUCUCGUUGCUCUGAUACACGUCCCCAAGGGGUAUCACGAUCUGAAGCAGAACCGCAUGGGCGAAGUGCCCGGAUCUUCUUCGGCGGGUAUCGACUUCACCGACGGAAGCUGGUACAUCUUCAACGAUUUUAGCAUCUCUCCGGUGUCCGUACAAGAAGCGGUUUGGUUCACCCUGGACUGGAAGGUACCCUGCGUUCUGUUCUACACCAGCACUUCCCUGAGGGACGAAAUGGGCGAUAACAAGGAAUAUUUAACUCAGUAUGUCAACCCGUUCACGAACGACCUGUUCAUGGAAACAAGCCCAACGGCUGAGGAUAAGAAUUUCAAACCCCUGGGCCAGGAGGAAAUAUUCCAGUCGGGCGAUCUGGUAGCAAUGGAUGCCGAGUUCGUUACCCUUAAUCCGGAAGAAAGCGAAAUCCGCUCGGACGGAAAACUGUCCACCGUCAAACCGAGUCACAUGAGCGUCGCUCGCAUUACCUGCAUCCGCGGUCAAGGCCCGGACGAAGGAGUUCCCUUCGUCGAUGACUACAUUUCCACCCAGGAACAAGUGGUCGAUUACCUAACAAAGUUCUCCGGCAUCAAACCCGGCGACCUGGAUGCCAACUUCAGUAACAAGCGCCUAACGACUCUGAAGAAUUCCUACCAAAAGCUGCGCUACCUGGUCGAUAGUGGGGUGAUCUUCGUUGGCCACGGACUCAAGAACGACUUCCGCGUAAUCAACAUCAUCGUCCCGCCGGAGCAGAUAGUUGACACCGUAUAUCUGUUCCAUCUCCCGCAUCACCGGAUGGUAUCGCUUCGCUUCCUAGCGUGGCAAUUCCUCGGCAUAAAGAUCCAAUCCGAAACGCACGACUCGGUCGAGGAUGCCCGGACUGCGCUGCUCCUGUACAAGCACUACCUAAAACUGCACACGAAGGAAGAGUUCACGAUGGCCCUGUCCAAUCUGUACGAAACGGGCAAGAAGCUGCAGUGGAAGGUUCCGGAUUGAGGGAAACCGGUGAUAUCAGUAUUUUCAAACAAAACAUAAGCAACGAGAGCACUCGGUUCAAUAACAGUUGAGAUUUGUGUCGUCUUUUAUUAUUCUGCAAAUUUUAGUGAGUUUUACAGUACAUGUUAGAUUUUUUCUCUUCAUCCAAUAUUGGGCUUAUAGGUACAUCUAUUAUAUAAUUUAUAUACAACUAUCAUUUAGAAAACUGUGUCAAAAGAUCAUUUAAUAAAUACAUUCAAUAAAUAGUUGCCACAUACAAUGGUGAUUGUACACGCAAAA